CUAUUACAUCAAGGUAACCAUCAGGGUAGGCAUGUAAGAACAAAAGACCGCAGUUCUACGAGUUUCGCGCAUUAGGGGCGCAUGUUGGUUUCCCCAUUUGGACAGACGCUUUGCACUUUGCAAGCUACUGACUGCGAUGGGGAACAACAAUAUUGCCACCUCAUGGCUGCUCAUGCAUGCGUGGUCUCCUGCGGCGAUCUAGAGGAUAUACAGGGUCAUCCCACGAGCACAUUUAAUUCACAGGUAAGCGUUGCCGAAUCUCAGGGUGGGGGAAGCGGAGUUUUAAAUGUGAGCAUACUUGGAUGAUGGAAAUUGGUUCGACUUGGGGUUUGCUGCUCGCCAUCAUCAACAACCUCGACGCCUGCCAUUCCGACGUCUUGAGCGUACGGGUCCUUACUUUCUUUUAAACCACACAGUCUCUUCAAGUUACACUCCUUCCGACGUUAUUAUGGACCAAACCUUUGACGCUUUCGACAAAGUUCAAGAAUCCAAUAUGGCAGCUAAACAGAGGUUUGAGUCAUUCAAGAUGGGUGGUGGCGCUCCAGCCAAUAGUUUAAACAAUUUCAUUCCAAAGCAUUCACACGGACGAUCUCGCUCUCGCAACAGUUCAAUCUCUUCUCUUUCAACACUAUCUAUUUCUGCUUCUGCGCCUUCAUUCCCCUCUCCAGUUGAAUUUUCUUUCAAUAACGUACCUUCAAAUGCACCCCCUUCAAAGCGCCCAAAUUCCCAUCACAGACGUCGUUCUUCUGUUUCAACUCGCCGCGAGUCGGCAGAGCUUAUGGGCGUGUCACUUCCCGACCUUCCAACAACUAAUUCAGAUGAUAACGUAAAUCUUGGCGACAGGGAUUCCAUUCGUCGCAGGGCACUCUGGGCUCUUGAGGGAAAGCCUGACCUUGCUUUCUCCAAGGUCGAAAUUCCUGAUAUCACGUCCCCCGGUUUGACAAGGUCUUUUGAAUUCCCAACCAAGCCGUCUUUCCCUCCUGGUACUGGUAUCAGUGGGCAUGGCAUUAGUAGCCUCAUGAGCAAACGUGAUUCAUUCGGCAAAAUGUUUCCCUCGACUUCUACCUCCAAAGAUCAACUUCAGACACUAGUCGAGGAGGAAGAGGAAGAAGAGGAAUCCCAAGAGGAACGUCCCGCCCAAGUUGCCCAAGUUGUCGAGGAAUUUACGGAAGCUCCCACUGUUCCGCUCAUUAUUACUUCAGCCUCUACAGUGACAAAGUCUGCUUCACGUCACCGUCCUGCCAGCCUCAAUCUCAGGCCCCUCUCUCUUGUUUCUGGAACUGCUGCCAGUUGCACACCCGGAAAUCUCCCCACGCCCACUCUUACGCCGAAUCAUCUGUCCAAUGGUCUGAGAUCACUCGCCUUGACAUCUGGCUCUGACACCUCGCUUACGAAUGCCAAGCUCACGAAAAGCAGUACGAAACGCCACUCCACUACUGUCACGUCAUCUUCUUCCGGUUCCUUUAGUCUCGCUUCACGUCGCUCUUUUUCAUCCGAAAGCUCCUCGCUCCGCGACAACAGCAGGAAACGCAGCAGCAUUUCAUACAAACGUUCUGUUGCCUCCAUUCCUCGCGACAUGGGUGUUUUGCCCACACCUGGUUCGACUCCCACCGACCGUCGGUUUUCGGAGUUAAAUAACGUAGAAUGUGUUGCAGAACAGCCCCUUGCCACAGCCGAGCAACAUUUUUUAUUUAGAUCUCAUAACGUGCUCCUGGCUCGCAUAAUGGAUCUCGAGCGCACACUACGUUCACGAUCAAUGUCCCGAUCGCGUCCCCUUUCCAUGGCUUCGGAGGCUUCGGCAGCGUCCUCCGAGCCAAGCGACGAGAUGUUGCAACUUAUUUCGGAUUUGAAAGCUGAGCGUGACGAGCUGAAGAGAGACGUAGAUGGGUGGCGCAUGCGUGUAGCUGAUGCAGAUAAACAAGCUGGCGUCCUGGCAAGGCGAGUCGAGGCUGAGAGAAGAGAGGCCUGGGUGGCUCGCUCGCGGCUUGGUCUACUGGAAGUCGAGAAGCGUAGCCUGGACAACGCCCUCGGUAGCAAGAAUGCCGAGCUCCAGCAAUCAAUAAGCCAGAGCGAGCAAUUCAAGAAGGAAUGUGAUGGCAUGAGGGAGGAGCUGGACAGGUUGCGUGCUCGCCUCCGAGAUGCUGACCAUGCAGUUGAUGAGGUCAUCCGCCUCCGCGCCGCACUCGAACAAGAGCGAACCAGGCGCGCGGAGCUGGAAAAAGUUCUUGACGAUGCCGGAUUACUUAAUACACCCACCAUUCCAUUUUCUGUUGGUGGGCAGGACAAAGGUUCAGUGCCUAGUCAAUCUUAUGGCACCCGUCCUCGUGGACUUGGCUUUCAGUCCAUUGACUCUGACGGCUCUUCAACCGAUGUCGAGUCUGUCGACCAAAGCUUUACUAAGGCUGAAUUGACCCUCGAUGCUGUCACAGAGGAAGAUGAGGACGAGGACGAGGACAGCUGCGACUGCGAUUUCUCUGACGAGGAGAAUGAGUUGGCUGGUUACGAAGACGCAGAAGACUCCGACCUCAGUUUCCAGAGUCCAGAUGGUUCAUCCAUUGGCUCCGGGGACGAACUCGACCUCAUGCCAGUCUCAGUCUUGAACGAGGCUACAAACCGACUCAGCUCAUUGCCCAAUCACGCUCCGCCGAAGUCUUUGCAUUCUCGACACAAUUCACUUUCUAAGACGUGGACGUUCCCCAAGGGUCAGCCUGUCACAGUCAAGCGUGAUGCUGAUGAGGUUGACCGGUUCUUUGGAUGCCUCGAUGAUGUCGAAAAUUCCCCGCCAUUUAGUUCUGAGGAGAUGGGCAAAGUGAUGUUCACGUCGACGUUCGGUCUUUCCUGCGAUGAUGACGAUGAGCUGCCACCCUUUGUCAUCCCUUCAGACGUUGGCACUAUCGUCGACAUUCCGACGUCGAGGAGCCUUGAUAUUGUGCCGGAAGAAGACGAAGACAAUGAAGGCGAAGCUGAUGACGAGAAUGAUGACGAACUCCUUGGCGAGGAAGUUGAGGGAGGGAUCCGUUUCACAUUCAACCCUCCACCAACUGUCUGCAGUCCUCCACCUGUCAUCUGCAUCACACCUCCGACAGAAUCUGAGCCGGUAUCUGUUGCAAGAAAACCUGUCGUUAUCUAUGAGCCUUUUGAUGAUGAGGAAGAUGAUGUUUCUCCCUUCACUUUUCCUCAGUCCAGGGUACAGGAGCCGAUCACUCCACCGUCCUCUUCGCCGCCGACUUUAGAGAGCAGCAGCCGUCCAUCAAGCCGGACAAGUAACUCGCCAUCGUCAAUUCCUCGUGCAACUUCACUGCGCUCGUUCAUGCCGCUCACACCGCCUUCUUCAGCUACACCGCCUAGAAGGACGUCUGAUCGUUUUAAUGCAGUAGCAGACUAUCCGGCGACGUCAUUUAUGACCCCUCCGUCACGGCGCGGCGGGAGCACCCCAUCCUUCAUUCCUCAACCAGUAUCGCCAUCACCAUCCAAGAUUUUCAGUCCUUCGAAAUCUCGCGUUCCUGUUCCGCUGAUGCGUUCCAAGGGUGCUACAAAUGUCAACGGAACUCUCAGAUACUACGGUACCUCUGAGGAGAUAGCAGAAGCAAAAUCAGAUACCUCCGACACUUGUGAAUACCCUGAUCGAUACGCCUCAACUUCAUCUUUAUCGUCAAUUAUGUCUUCACCGCUUGCGGCACGAAUUUCAUUCCAGACAUUGUCAAAUUUUAUUCCCCUCUCGUGGACGCCAGAGGCAGUAUCGCCAUUCACUAGUGCCCGUCCUGGUGUACGACGCUCGAUCGAAAGGAGAUUUGUUUCUAGGGAUCAGCAGUUGGAGAAGCUGAGGAAUCGACUGGGCAAUGACCAUAUCAUUGGCAUAGGACGCUGUCUUGCUGUCGCUCCUUGUGGUGCUUGCAAGGGCGUCAACAUUUUCUUGUGAAGAACCCUGCCAGUACGUUCCCUGAUAUAUGCCUGUCCUAGUCGUAUGCCUUUUUCUUUCCUAUGUUUCCCUUACAUCUCCGAUUGAUGUGUCACAUACUCUCAUAUCCUCACUUUUCUUUGUCGUGUUAUGACUGCCCGUGGAGGGCAAGUCAUGUUAUCAUGUGCCAAUACUGUUGUCUUUGUAUUAUAUUAUUACGUACCUUCUAAGAAUACUUAAGGACAGUCUUCAUUCAUGCUCAUAUUUUUAUUUGUCACGUUUAUGCAUUUCUUGGGUCUCAUUGAGCGAUCGAACGAUUGUGAGGUUGAUCCCCGACUCCCAACGUUAGUGAAAGAGGGCUGUUGUCGAACAUGGUGGGUUUCCCAUCUCCCAAAACCUCUGACUACACCCG